UAUAAAAAUCAAAACAGGUGAAAAGGGAGCUAUCUACAAUCAAUUAUCUUUGAUCAAUUCCCAAUAAUCCCAAUUCUUAGAAAUUAACAUGGCUACUUCUGCUGAAUCAAAUAUGGCAAUUGCCAAAACCAUAAUAUCAGCAGUUGGCUCUGCUGCUGCAAUGGCAAUGGUGGCACAUAACCUCCCACCAGAAGUUCAAGACUAUCUUUUUUUCGGCAUAAGAAACCUCUUUAUUAAAUUCUCAAAUCAGCUAACAAUAGUAAUUGAUGAAUUUGAUGGCAUGGUGAGUAACGAAGUAUACGAAUCAGCGCAAAUUUACUUAGGCUCCAAGCUCUCUCCUAACACACGUCGCUUCAAAAUCAGCAAACCUGAGAAGGAGAAGAAUUUCAAUAUGAGCAUGGAACGUAACGAGGAAGUUACUGAUUGUUUCAAGGGUCAGAAAUUCAAGUGGAUAUGGAUUUGCAGGCAAGUUCAGUCAAAAGAUUAUUUCUAUAAUCCACGUGACAUGAACUCCACUCUAAAAUCCGAGGUUCGAUCCUAUGAACUCACGUUUAACCGAAAAAACAAGGACUUUGUCCUCGAAUGUUACUUGCCCUAUAUUAUUAACGAAGCAAAAUUGCGAAAACAAGAAAUCAGGACACUAAAGAUCCACACUGUUGAUUAUGAGAAUAUGCAUGACCUAAGUGCAGUAUGGACGCCGGUGAAUCUUGAUCAUCCUGCUACGUUUGAGACUCUGGCAAUGGAUGUGGAACAAAAGGAAAGAAUUGUGAAGGAUUUGGACAGGUUUGUGAAGAGGAAAGAGUAUUACAGGAAAGUUGGGAAAGCAUGGAAAAGAGGGUAUUUGUUGUAUGGUCCACCAGGUACUGGUAAAUCUAGUUUGAUUGCUGCUAUGGCUAAUUAUUUGAACUUUGAUAUAUAUGAUUUGGAGUUGACUGAGGUGAAGAAGAAUACGGACUUGCGGCGAUUGCUGGUCGCCACUGCUAAUAAGUCCAUAUUGGUGGUCGAGGAUAUUGAUGCUACCAUUGAUUUGCAAGAAAAGUUGUCCAGCCGUGUAGCGGCUCCUUCUAAUGAGUCUCAUGAGGAAGAAAGCAAGGUUAGAAUCUUUUAA